AUGCCGCAUACCGUACCCGGAUGUCUUCAUCCGAGCAACGGACGCAAUGCCAUCGACUGGUACGUCUCAUAUUGUAUAGUGUUCUCACACUGACAGGUGCUUCCAGGAACGAUGGCGGUCUGAUUGCCUAUGGCUCCCACAACGUGAUAUUUGUGGUUGAUGUUCUUCGAUACAAACGAAUCCAGUCGAUCGAACUACAUCAGUCGGCUAUCAAUAUAGUUCGUGCCAAGUCACGGUUGUUUCUUCAUUCCUCUCUUUUUCCUUCAGGUCCGAUGGUCUCCUGCUCGUUCUCCUUUCGCAGAGUCCUCGCCAGUGAGGUUUGCACCGAUUGUCGCAACAUCAGAUAUCAGUGGCCACAUUGUCGUUUCGAAUGCAAUCACUGCAGCUCAGAUUAAUCAGUUUUCUCAUCCAAAUAGCUCUGUGCUCCGUAAGAAAGUGUUCAUCCGGCCUGUUAUGCUUCAAAAAAGGUACUUUCAGAAAUGUCUUGGUAUCCAUGGAAAGAUAUUUCCCGUGAUUUCCUUCUAGUUCUUCACUCCUCAAGCACGUUAGUCCUCUGGAAUACGGCGACCGGAGAGAAGGUCUGGACGCACACUUACUCCCACGUUCCCCUUUUCGACUUUACCGUUGACCCGUUCUCAAUCAAAAAUGUUAUCUGUGAGUUGUCCAAUGUCACUGUUUAGCCAUUCCGUUGCUUUUUUUUCAGUCAGUAGCGCUGGGAACAAAGUUCUAAUCUGCUCGGAUAUCGCUCUCUCCGAACCCGCCUCAUCUGGUCAUUUAUUCCAAGUUGCCUCGGAAGAUUCUUCAUCGUCUUCCGCCAACACUAACAUCUACCUGCUCACAUAUCACAAAGCUUAUCGCAAUACGGUUUUCAUUGCUAUUCAUUCUAGUGUAAGUUGGGAGUCUCUCAAAAAACCUCGUUCCUCUCGUCUCUAGCUCUACCUAGUCAAUCCCGAACUAAUGUGCUGUCUUUCGCGUGUUCCCAUCGAGUCGAACAUCGUCUCCUGGAUGCCCUCUAGUCGUCGUGACGCCCUUUUCGCAGUGCACUCCAACGGAGCAACCACUUUACGAAUCACCAAAUUCGAGCCAACAGAGGAAAAGAAGCCUAACGCGAGUUUCUCAAUGGAAAAGAUCUGUCAGACAGAGUGCGUCCGUCCGAUGAACACCCAGAAAAUCGUGGCCGCUUCUCUCUGUCCGACCACUCAGUCCACCGUUUCUGUGCUUUAUCAGAACGGAAAACUGGCAUUCUGGCAAUUGAGCAACGGAAAAGUUCCACUUUUGUACAGAGCCGGUUACAUUGAAGACUGUCUCGAGUUCAACGAAAGCCUGUCCACUAAGCCUGUCGGCGAAUUGAGGUAAGUUAAAAAUCUGAACGUCUUUGUAGUUAUUAUAAAUUAAGCUUACACCAACUGAGUCAAAUGGGCUCCCUUUCUUCCGGGGUAACGUGUGUCAGAAUGAGGCCGAUGGACGAGUUAACCAAAGUGGAAAAUGAUCCGUUCGGUAACUGCCUAUAUAAAGUUCCAACCUUGAAAAGCUGUAAUUUCAGCAAACACAGCCCUCGGAACUCUUCAUUUGGCCGCAGUAGGCACAAACACCGGAACCGUCCAUUUGGUCGACGUGUUCACUUCGCAAAUCUAUCGUGACUUCUCUGUGCAGACAUCGCUCGUAAAAUGUCUUGAAUGGGGAGGCGUUUAUUCGCUUGUCACAGCCGGAUACAAUCAUUCGUUGAGUACGUCUCAGAUCGUUCGUAAUGACGUGUUCAUUACGGACAUUCGAACGGGACUGGCGAGAAGAAUCCGUCCGGAAACCGACGAGAGUCCGAUCACCCUCAUUCGAGUCUCCUACUAUCACUGCUACCUGGCCAUCGCAUUCCAACGAGAGCCACUCGAGAUCUGGGACUUGAAGGGACUUCGACUGCUCCGGAAGAUGAGCAGAAGCUGUCCACUGAUCAUCGACAUGGCCUGGUCGAACAAACACCACGGAAUCAAAACGACCGAAUCCACUCAGCAGAGCGUCUACCGAGAGAAUCUGGUGCUUCUCGACUCGGAGAAUCGCAUCUAUCACAUCACUCUCCGCGGGCUUCAUGUUCGCGACGGAAAGAUGGUCAACACGCAGUGGAAAAGUGCGAGUGCUCAGAUUUGUGCGAUGACGUGGAAAGAUGACAUGCUGGCUGUGGGUGACGUGGAAGGAAAUCUGGUGGUGUGGGAUUUGGGCAGGAAACAGUCGCGACAAGUAAGGGACGUCUCCCACUCCCGGGUCCUCAGAAUGACCUUCUCCCGAUUGGCCGGAGAUCACACGAUGGCCGUGCUUCAUUCGAAGGAAGUGACUCUCUGGGACACCGAGGCAAUGACCCGCAUUCAGUCGAUUCGAAUGGACGCCUCGAAGCUCUGUUUGGAUGCGGAUCUAUGCGGACUCUCGCCCCUCGUGCUCACCAACGACAACACACUCAGAUUCGUAGUGUCGAAUUCGAAAAAUCAAUCGAUUCCUGAGAAAGGUACACAGUGCAUUCACGGGGUUAGUCUAACUGUACGCUUUCAGAAAUUCCCUUCAUUUAUCAAGAAGAUGCGAUGAGCAUUGUUCGCCAACGAUUCGAAAAAGGAGGCAGUCGGGAGAGCUCAGCGGAAAGGAACGAAGGGGAAAAGACAGACGACGAUACUCUGGAAGACGUGCUCUCGUGGCUUCAGGCGCAGAAACCUUUAUUGAUCGAAAACAUGGAAGUGGAUGUACCGAAACUGAAAAUAGAGAAAACCGUCCGUCGCUUCAUGGGCGAUCACUUUUCCGUCGACCUUCUUUCAAUCGUUAUCGAUCGAUUCGCUCCCUCUGAAAGCGACCAUCUGGCUCCGAAUCUGCAAAUGUUCUGGGAGAAUGCGAAUUUUAAAGAACGAGAGACACGAGUGAUCAGCAUUGCGUGCGCGGCAGAAGAGGCGAUGGAAAGACGGCUCGUCGAGCAGGCAGUCGUGGUGGGCGGGGCUGCAAAGGAAAGAGUGACCGACCGACUGAUCGUCUCCGCUGAUCUACGAUACGCGAGCAUCAAAGCCGCACUUCUGGUAUCUUGUCAGGACAACGAAAAGGCAAAAUCGCUGAUAAAACUGAUCGCAACCAAUCUCAUCGCUUCCGAUUUAAUUGAAGACGGCGUCGAACUCCUGUUUCUGGUCGGUGCAGGAGGCGAUGCUUGCAAGUAUUUACAGUCGCAGAAACAGUGGACAAAGAGCAUCGUUUACGCGAAAGUGAGCUUAGGCUAUUCGUUUUGAGAUAGUAAUUCUGUCAUGUUUCAGAUGGGACUGGACGAUCCGUCGGAAGUAGAAUCAAAAUGGAUCGGUCAUCUAGUGGAAGAGGCGAAACAGAUCCGGGUGUUGGCCGACGCCUCCCGUCGCAAUUGGCCAGAUGUGGUGGAAGCGACGUCUUCUGCCGACGCUAUUCUCGCUCGUCUCAUCCUGAGAACGACAACAAUCACUCCUCCCCGCUCGUCGUGUCCAACUCCGUGA